AUGCAGACAAUCCAGCUCAUGUCCGCCAUGAUGGCUGACCUCAGAAAAGGCAAAGACUCCCCCCUCUGCCGCCUGGCCGACGACCUCUCCUGCCUCGUCUUUGUCACCGCCAACACUGUGACCAUAAUGUACUACGGCCUGGAGGCCCUCACGCACAACCUAGCCGAGGGCCCGGCGGGCGUGUCCUGGGUCAACUUCGCCGUGCACAGCGCCAACUCCAUCGUCGUCUGGAUCGACCUCAUGCUCUGCCACCCGCGCUCCUUCAGCCCCCGUGCCCAGCGCUGGACGGUGCUCUUCGUGGCAAUGUACAGCGCAUGGAUCAUGCGCAUCAAAGUCGUGCGGGGGUCAUUCCCGUACCCAUUUCUGGACGAGCUGGCCAAGACGGUGCCCUUUCCAGGCAACUUCCUGCUGGUGGCGUCUGGAGGUGUGUGCAUCAUAUUCGGGAUGUUCAGGCUGGGGCGGUUUCUCAAGGGCCGGAUCAUCACAGUGUGGGUGGGCAAGGAGGAGGGGUGCGAUCGGAUGGAGGUGCGGGGGGAGAUCAAGGUGGACUGA